UUUGUGUUUACUGUGUCUUUAAAAACAUGGGACCACUAUGAUCAUCUUUUAACUUCUAAAGCUAUUCAAGGAGAUAAAAAGAUCAUUGACAGAAAAAGAAAAUUUCUUGGAUAAACACACAUACAUGUGCUCCUAUAUAUGUCUCUGAAAUAUGAAGAUUUUUAGUUGGGUUCAAAGAAAGCUUAGCGGAAAGAAGCAUGAGUCUACAUCAGAUUCUUCUCAAGAAUCAUUAGGACCUCCUUUGAGUAAAGAAGUCCAAGGUUGGCCUCAAGACGAAGAAACCUUCUUGGCUAUUGGAACACUUGGAAACAGUAUCUGCCCAAAGGAAGAAGAAGAAACAGAAUCUAGCAAAGAUCUAACUGCUGUUAAUACAGAUGUUACAAUCGGGAAGAAGAAGUCGCUUUCUUUUCUUCUCAAGAAGAUGUUUGUUUGCACAAGUGGCUUCAAAACGCCACCUCCUCUUCUUGAUUUGUCUAGAGGAGAUUCACUGCCCAAUACUCGAAUGGAAAAGAUGCUUAGGACAAUACUCAACAAGAAGAUACAUCCACAACGUUCAAAUUCCAUUGCAAAGAAGUACUUGGAGAAUAAUCAUAAGAUUAUAGAUGAAGCUCGUUCAAGCAUUGAAGCCAACAAAUGGGUCAAGACUGAUUCUGAAUAUAUUGUCUUGGAGAUGUAGAUAUCAACCAACUAAG